AUGUUUUUCUUUGAAUUUAAAGGCAAUUUUGACGGGCUAGAAAUAACUGGAUGUUUCGCAUUAUAUAUGUGAUUUGUACGCUCUGGUUAUAUUGACUGCAAUAUUAGGAGAAGGCAUUGUUAUGUUAAUUACAUGGAGCCUCACACGGUGCUCUCUUUCUCUCCAACCGACAUCUCGCUGUAAUUCUACAAUUUUCAUUGAAUAUAUUGUAACUCGUGAACGUGCGGUUGGGAAUCUCUCUGCGAUAGAGGGCCAGACUGCUGACACCUUGAAUUCACAAACGGGACUUUGA